AUGAGGCUGGGUUACAGAUGCAUCAUCUAUUUUCGUGAAUGUGAGGGUAUGCGGAAUGGAAAGGGUACCGGGCUGACAGUCCGGCCGCCGUAUGGCGACCGGACCUAUCAGUCCGGCCCCCUGCUGGCCUCGGCCCCCGACCCCUAUUGGCUUCGGCUUCUACUCCCGUCGGUGCCCAGCAGCUCCGCUCGUAACCGCUCACCGUCACCGCGCUCAGCCCCCGACCCUACCCACCGUCGCCGACCUCCCUACGGCUUCCGGCCCCCGCCGGCCCUACAGCCACCUGCUGUGCCUCCUCGCUGCCACUCACUUUGGUGCCACUACCUGCAGCGCUUCUCGACCUCUGCCUCCCUAUGGCCCCGCUGCUCCACCGCCACGGAUCGCUGCCCAAGCUCAGCCGCUAGCCUCCUUGCAGCCCGCCACCCGCAGCUUCGCCCAGCGGCUCCUUGGCCCCUGCCGCCCUGUGUUGCCGCCGCCCAGCCGCUUCAUCGCCCUGCCCCGCCUGCUGCCGCCAUCAGGAACCGCUCUGGGUCCCCCUGGCCACUGGAGCGCCGCUCCCUAGCCACCUCCGCCCGAAUAGGCACUGGACUACUUUUUUUGCCUCUUUCAGGGGGGGUUUGGUUAUUUGGCCAUAUGUUGAGCAUACGGAGUCAUUUUUUCGAAAACAAAUAG